AUGCACACUGACCACGCUGCACCUUGGUCCGCUUCUUUUAACGGCCGUGACACAAGGCCACUCUCCAGGAAGACACCUCCGUCUGACCUCCCCAUCCAUAUCUGUAGUGGAACAGAGAACACAGAACACUCUGCUUAUCAGUCACGGCUACAGGUCACAUGCCACCCAGGGGUCAAGUGUGACACUGUCCACUCAGAGUUAAUAGACCUAGGCAGCCAGGAGACAGGGGUGACGCUCCACUGGAGAUAUCUCCAGUGUGAGGUGGAGAAGCCCCUGCUGACAUUCAGAGACAACUUCAAGAAGGAGUUGAAGAAGUACGAUCACCACAUCAUAGACCUCAGGAAGCAGCUGGCCAGCCGCUAUGCAGGCGUGGAGAAGGCCCGUAAAGCCCUGGCAGACCGGCAGAAAGAUCUGGAAGUGAAGACCCAGCAACUGGACAUCAAGCACAUGAACAAACACGAGGAGGACAUCAAGAAGGCCCGGCGGAAAUCCACACAAGCAGGUGAUGACCUCAUGCACAAUGUGGACCUGUACAACCGGGCCCAGUCCAAGUGGUUUGAGGAGAUGGUCACCACAAGCCUGGAGCUGGAGAGACUUGAGGUUGAGAGGGUGGAGAUGAUACGACAAAAUUUACGCCAGUACACAACGCUGCGACAUGAAACUGACAUGUUCAACCAAAGUCUCUUCCCUGGGACCUUAGUGUACAGCAGUAGUGCAUUAUGUUUUCUGUCAAUAUACCUGACGGUGGAGCCAGUGGAUCAGCUGCUUCAGAGUGUGGACCCAGCCAAAGACCGAGAGCUGUGGGUGCAGGAGCACAAGACCGGGGAGCUCCGCCCUGUGGACAUGGACAUAUAGUCAACUACAUUGACGUACCUCAAGCAGCCAGAGGCAACACCUCCAUACUGUCAAAAUCCCAGGCCUCUCACAGAACAUUCCAACUACAGGUGCAGGUGCAUGUAUGUUCAGGAUAAGGUGAGGCCUGUACAUUCUGUCUAUGAUGACAUCAGAAUAGCACAAUGUUAACUCAGUGAUAACUGGAGAAAAGUUAGCAUUCCCAAUGCAGUGCUUUGGAACCUACAAUGGAAAAACAAGAGAUCAAUAGUCCAAACACCAGCAUGUUACAGUAAUACAAUGUUUGAUAGUUUUACUCUGUAUAAUGAAUGCCACUAAACAAGCUUAAACAAUUAUUUAGGGUUUUGUCUGUUGUAAAAUUAGAAGUUUCCACUAUUAGGAAUGAUACAUUUUUAUGUAUUUGAGGAAUAGAUUGGAUGCAUUGUAAAACCUUAUAAUUUUGGCAUAUAAACUGAACAACUAAUUACUAACAUUUCACUUUAUUUUAGAUACUGGAAUAUGAAACAUUAUGUGAUAUCCUAGAUUAAUUAUGAUAUAUUUUCAUAUUUACGCCCAUUCAUUUUACCUGUCAAGAUAUGCAUGUUUUGGGAAAAUAUCUUACAUUUACUGUAUAUGGCUAAGUGCAUAUUUGUGAAAUAUGAUGGCUGUCUUGGCACUGUAGUACAAUGUAUAUGGGAUGUGUUUACAGAAAGUAUAUACUCCAACUUACUGCACUCAAUGAACAAGAGUGAAUCAACUCAUUAAGGUUUGUCAUGAACAUGAAUUUAUGUACAACAACCGCGCUCAAAGUUGAAUAGGGUAAGAUGUUUAGGAUUGUGAAACAGCAUGUUUGUCACACGUCACCUCGUGUGGCAGAUUGGAACAUGGGCCUGAGUCUAUUUUGGAUCAGUGGUGAGACAAUGAUGGCGACGAUCCAUGUUACAAUGAACACCUUUUAGUGCCUCAAGGUUAUAAACAGUACCUGGAAUGUUCUUGAUAUAUUCUAUUCUGCAUCAGUGUAUAUUUGUAGAUACAAGCUAGAUGUAUUUUGCUGUUAACUGUUUAAGUGGCCUUGCACUUUCGGUCAACUAAAUGUUUGUACCUUGUUGUUUGUCAAUGAAUAAUAACAGGAUAAUAGUCAACAGAUUCUGAAGUCAUUCAUUCAUUUUGCACGCCACUUUGUGAGUCAACCAUUGCUUAGAGUUGGGAAUUGCUACUUUGCAUUUAUCCUAAAUACAGUCCACUUUGUAUAUCCAAGAGGAGUCAUCACUUGGAAGCUCCAAGUCACAUUUUAAUGACUCGUAAAAUCUCAUCAGAAAAAGUGGUCAGUGUUACUUUCACUGGAACCUGUGCUUGUCCAUACAUCUCAAACAGUAUGCUAUUAACAGAUAAUAGCAUAGCCUUUAGCCAACAUAUCCACCUAAACAAGCGUACAUGAUAUAAAAUACUGCAUGUUUGUGUGUCUGUCUGUCUGUCUGUCAGUCUGUAUUUUGCCGUUAGUUAUUCUGGAAGUGUAACAAAGCAGGGACUUACUGUGUUUAUGGACCAUCUCCUCAGACAAGCUUCACUCCUUUCAUAUUCUAAUGUGGAUAAUACAUUCACUAUGCCAAGACAUGCAAACAGAGAACACAUCUAUUCAGUAUAUAGACAACGUCUAUUCAGUAUAUACAUGCCUUAUCUACAUUGUUUCUAGGUGAGAAAAUAUGAAAAUACCACUGAAAUGAUUUGCAUUAUUCUAUCCCAAACUAAUCCAGAUUGAAAUGUUGUACUUAUUGUAUAAGUUAUCCUGCUACAGUAUGUGUCAAUGUUAUACUGUGCCUUGCGAAAGUAUUCGGCCCCCUUGAACUUUGCGACCUUUUGCCACAUUUCAGGCUUCAAACAUAAAGAUAUAAAACUGUAUUUUUUUGUGAAGAAUCAACAACAAGUGGAACACAAUCAUGAAGUGGAACGACAUUUAUUGGAUAUUUCAAAAAAAUUUAGCAAAUCAAAAACUGAAAAAUUGGGCGUGCAAAAUUAUUCAGCCCCCUUAAGUUAAUACUUUGUAGCGCCACCUUUUGCUGCGAUUACAGUUGUAAGUCUCUUGGGCUAUGUGUCUAUCAGUUUUGCACAUCGAGAGACUGACAUUUUUUCCCAUUCCUCCUUGCAAAACAGCUCGAGCUCAGUGAGGUUGGAUGGAGAGCAUUUGUGAACAGCAGUUUUCAGUUCUUUCCACAGAUUCUCCAAGCCUGAAAUGUGGCAAAAGGUCGCAAAGUUCAAGGGGGCCGAAUACUUUCGCAAGGUACUGUAUGUGUUAUGGUAAAGUUCUUACAUUAGAAGUUAAUGUACUUAACUUAACCAGUCAUUUUGUAGUAAUGUUAAUGUUGAUUGAAUUGCCUUUUGUUAACUGAUUUCCAUUUCUCAUGUACAUCAAUUCAAAUGUUUCCAAUCUUUAAAGACAUGUCAAAUCAUAGGUGACCUUUGUCCAGACAAUAUACUGUCGAAUGCUGUGUUUACAAUAAAUGGUUUCCUUGGAAAUACGA